CUCAAAUACUGAUGGAUUAGUUAGAUUCCAUACUUUUGACAAUUAAUACACGAAGGUAUUUUUAUGUCGAUCGGUUGAUACAUUUAUUUUAAUUUCAGUUAAAGUUUGACGUAUUCAUUCAGUUUCAGUUUAAAGUGAUCGACGUAGUUGAACAGAACAGGACAAAUUCAUAAGUUAUUAAUAAAUUAAAACACUAAUUUUAAAACUAUACAGAAUGCAAUAUUGGAUAAAAUUAAAUUUAAUAUGGAUUGUAACGUUUCAAACUCUAUUUAUCGGCGGCAUUUGUGAAAAAGGCGAUUUCGACAGUCUUCUCGUUCACUCCAACGAAGGAUCAAGCUACUUGACUCGUGAUCUACCUAAGGAACGAUCUUAUUAUGGUUCUACUACUGAAUGUGCAGCCGGAACUGAAUGCAGUCCAAUGCACGAAUGCCCUUUGGUCAUAUAUGAAGUUGCAAAGAUGUGUUUCUACGGAGAAAAGACUCUAUUUUGUGGCAGUGGAGAGGAUACACCUUACGUGUGUUGUCCCAGCAGUCCACUUGAAAAGAACCAAGUCUGUGGUAAGGCAUUGGUACAAGGCCAUUUCUAUAAAGGUUUAGGUUCAUAUCCAUUUAUUGCCAGAGUGGGAUUUAAACAUGUUAAUACGGGAAGUUUUGCAUAUCCUUGUGCUGGAUCGAUCAUUGCUCGUCGAGUUAUUUUAACAGCUGCUCAUUGUGCUUUGGCCAAGGCUGAUGGUCAUCGGCUAUCGUCAGUUCGUGUCGGGGAGUAUGACACUUCUACAGACCCAGACUGUGCCAGUACUGGAUUUUGUGCUCCAAGAGCGGUGAACCAUGCAAUUAGUCAUGUGAUUGUUCAUCCAGAUUAUAAACAGGGUCAGUACCAUCACGACAUUGCGUUGCUUGUGUUAAAAACACCGUUUAAUUAUUCGGUUGCAACACAACCUAUUUGUUUACUUAAAUCAAGAACAAAUUUAGUUGUUGGAAAGAGGGCGAUAAUAGCUGGGUGGGGAAAGAUAUCAACAUCGAGUAAACGUGCCUCUGAUAUGGUUCAAAUGGAUGUACCACUUACUAGUUGGGAUAUGUGUCUUAGAAAUUAUGGAGCUACAGGUGCACUGGAAUCUCCAAAUUCAAUUGAAGGCCAGUGGAUGUGCGCUGGAGGCGAAGGAAAAGACGUUUGUCAGGGUUUUGGAGGUGCUCCAUUGUUUAUCCAAGAAAGUGGAAUCUAUUCACAGAUUGGCAUAAUGUCCUUCGGAUCGGAUAAUUGUGGUGGUUUACGUAUACCAAGUGUUUAUACUUCGGUAUCGCAUUUUUCAGACUGGAUUCAUGAUAAUACACCUCUGGAUUGAUAAAUUAUAAGCUGUUCAUCUGAGCAUUAUUUCCUAGAGAAGUCUUGAGUGUGAUAUGAAAUUUAAGUUCGGUUCUAAAUUUGAUUAAUAAAUAAACUAAAAUAGUUCAUA